GCCCCCACCCGCAGUGACGACGGCACCGCCGACGAAGACUCGCCGGAACAAAUUCGGACGCUUAAGUUGAUAAAAAAAAAAUAAUAAUAACAAAAAACAACCGACAGUCUCUCCAAAUGCUUUGGCUGAGCCAACGGGAAUGUCAAUGAUACAAGUGACCAUUCCAUCCACGGAGAGGGAAGUGGACGACGUGGGGAAGUCCAAAAAGCUCUUUCGAGUUGAAGUGCUCUUCAACGAGAGGAAACAUUUUGUGUUGAGGAGGAGCAGCGAAUUCCAGACGCUGCACAGAAAACUCAGAAAGAUCAUCCAGACUCCCGAUUUCCCGAGUAAAAGGAGUCCUCAUUUGAGGACCAAACCGCUGGAGCAGAGGAGGCAGGAGCUGGAGGAUUACAUACAGGAGAUCAUCUACCAGUACGAGGAUGUGCCGCAGGAGCUGCUGGACUUCCUCCACGUCAGACAUUAUCACACGGCCAACAAGAUCAGCAGCGUGGAAUCACUUGACGAGCUGGACAAUCAGGAUUACAGUUUCCGGUUUCCACAUCAGCGAGUGAUGGGAUUCUUCCGGGAUCCGUACGUGUCUGACUACAGAUCAGCUCUUCCUGACGUUGUCCUAGCGGGGGUCCUUCAGGGCUUCUACAGGAGGGACGUCCGUGUCAGCUUCACGGCCCCCACCAAGUCUGGCACAAAAGCCUUCUGAGUCUGUGUGUGUGUGUGGUGUGUGUGUGUGGGGGGGGGGGGUCGAAAUGCAUUGGCAGGAGAAUUCAAUGGUUUUACCGCGUAAAUGAGUUUUUAAUUGGUCCUUUUAAAAUUGCUUGUAAAAUUCCACAAGGUGCCAAAUGCAUCCAAUCUUGGAUCAGCGUCACGGCUUUUUAUGUAUCGUAGUCCAGUGCGAUACGUUUUUGCUCAUGAGUGUAAAUACAACACAAUUCAUUUUCUUUCGUUGAGGCUGAGUCCUGUUUUUGUGUGUAUUCGCUCACCUGUUCUUAUGAAAUGAUUCUGAUGUGGUAGCUAAUAAAGAAACUGGUUGCGUUUUGACAAAUGGAGUUCGACGUGUGGUAGCUUCAGUGAUGAUGGUGUUGUUCAACUCUUAUGCUUCCUUGGGAAACCUCUUGAAAAUAUUCAUAUAUUUGUGAUACUACUAAAGGUUAAAUGCUUUGGAGAGCCACCGUUAGAAUAUGUGACUGACCGGAAAGUAACGACAAUGUGAAGUAUGUAUUUCUUUCGCCUUGUCCAUUAGGGGUCUCCACAGCGUGGCAUCUCAGAUGAACGCUCAUAUUUGUUUGGCACAGUUUCAAUUUGUAGUCGAUUUGUAAGCAAGCGUAUUGCUGCCACACCGCCCAAAAAAAACAAAAAUGGUUGCUAUUACGUCAUAACAUAAUAUGUUUCGCGAUACAAUGAGGAUGUUUCAUGUUAUAACGUGAUAUCUUUCAUGUUAUAAUGUGGUUAAUCACGG